AGGCUUUACACCUUUAGUGAAGUGACUCCCGAGAUCAUUCGUGGGAGACAUGGUUUAACUUAAAUGUCAUUUCAGAACUAAAGAUGAGUGAUUAAACAUUUUCCAGUGGUAAUAAAUCCAGUGGUAGCAACUGAAUUUCAUAUGACAUUUUGUGUGUCAACGGUUUGAGCCACAGUUACACUGAAGAAGAGAUACAGCAAUCCACGAUGAAGUUGCUUUGUGGUAUUACCUUAUUAACAAUUGCAGUUGCCCAUUACGUCUACAUCCCACUGCCUGAGCAAAUUUCAGAGCCAUGGAAACUGAUGCUGUUGGAUGCAACAUUUCGCGGGGUCGUGUGGAUGGGAGAUGUGGCUCACUGGAUGGGGCUGAGUCACAGUGUCCGUGUUAUCAACUCUGCCAUAAUCGGGUUUGAGAGUCUGGUGCCAAUCACAAACAAUGAGAUCCGGGUGGAGGAUACCCUGUUUGAUGGUGUCCAUGUGCGUGUAUACCACCCUAACGGAAAGAAAGAAGGCGAGCUGAGGAGGGCGGUUGUCUUCAUGCAUGGUGGUGGAUGGGCCUUGGGUGCUCCAAAGUUGGGGUCAUAUGACAGUCUCUGUAGACAAAUGGUAGCUGAUCUGGAUGCAGUGGUUGUGACUGUGGAUUAUCGCAUGGUUCCUGAUGUGCACUUUCCUGUGCCGUAUGAGGACUGCGUGAAAGCCGCUAAACACUUCCUGAGCGUGGAAACAUUGGAGAAAUACUCAGUGGAUCCAGAGCGAGUAGCUGUUUGUGGAGACAGCGCUGGUGGAAAUCUGGCAGCUGCAGUGGCUCAGCGGAUUGGAACAGACGACAAUAUCUCUGUGAAAUUCAAACUUCAGGUGUUGAUCUACCCUGUGCUCCAGGCCUUAGACUUCAACACAGCUUCCUAUCAGCAGAACCAAAAUGUUCCCAUCUUAUACCGCAAACUGAUGGUUCGUUUCUGGCUGGAGUAUCUAGAUGCAGACCCUGACCUGAUUCACUCCCUUCUGAUGAACAACCACACAGCCCUAGACCAAAACCAUGUGUCCUUAACCGGUUCAAAGGUUGACUGGACCACUCUGCUUUCCAAAGGGAUGAUAAAACAUUUUAAGCCUGUUGUGCCGGUAACUGGGUCGCCUAACAUCCUAACGGAGGUACCGGCAUUCCUGGAUGCCAGGGCUGCACCGUUACUUGCAGACGAGGAAGUUUUGCGUAUGGUUCCUCGUGCUUUCAUUUUGACCGGUGAGCAUGAUGUUUUAAGGGAUGAUGGGAUCAUGUACGCCCGGAGGCUGGAGCAGGCUGGGGUCUCUGUCACUAAUGACCAUUUCGAAGAUGGUUUUCAUGGCUGUUUGAGCGUUGCUUUUUGGCCCCUUCAUUUCUCGGUAGGAAUAAGGGCAAUGCAGAAUUAUAUCGCUUGGCUUGAGGAAAAUCUGUAGUUCUUUGAAACCUAAAUGUUCAUUUGAUAUACUUUAUGCAGUUGAAGGAGAGAGAAAAACAGGAGUCUAAACCACACAGGCCUUUAAGAAAAUAGAUUCCUAACAUGACUGAGGAUCAUGUGGUUUGGUAUUGUAGAUGGAGUGAAGUGGUAAACAGACUAACACAAUAUUAAUUAUUUCAUGUAUUUCAAGUAUUUUAUGAGUCACUAUUAUUGCUUUCAUAUAAAGUCUAACACUGGGUUCAUCUUCUACACACAAAGUUUUAUCUUGAUACUACUAUGUUCACAUGCAUGUCAACAAAUAGGGGCGGUUUCCUGGAAAGGGUUUAGAUUAAGCCAGGCAUAGGCCUUAGUUAUUUAAAGACAUUGAAGUAGUUUUUAUAAAUAUACCUUACAAAAAGCAUUACUGUUCAUCUUGAGAGAAAACAAUGGCAAUGCUGUAUUUUAAGUGAUGUCAGUGCAAGCUGUGUUUAGUUAAAAUAAAUCAAAUAUGCAUUUUAGUCUGGGACUAGACUUAAACCCUGUCCCUUAGGGUUGGUUUCCAGGACAGAGAUUAGCUUAAACCUGGACUAGGCCAUAGUUUAAUUAGAAAAUAUAACAAGUUUAAACAAACAUGCCUUACUAAAAACAUUACUUGUGUGCAUUUUAAGGGAAAACAAAGGGCACUGUUUUAAGAUAUGUCAGUGCAAGUUCUUUUCAGUUUGGACAGCUCUUACAUUUAUUUUAGUCUAGGACUAGUCUAAUCCCUGUCCGGGAAACCGCCCCUACAAACACUACUGGUGUGCAUCCUGAAACAUAAUAAUGGCACAUAUAUUUUUAGGUGUCAGGGCACGUGGUUUUCAUGUACGAGAGCCCAAACAUGCAUUUUAGUCUUGGACCGUUGUUUUAAGCCUUGUCUGCACAAUGUUUGCAAUAUGUGACCCAGUCGGUGAAAACCCAACUAGUCCUUAUUUUUGUGAUUUAAUGUUUUCUACAUAAAAUCAUCCUACGUAAUAUAAAGAUUAUUCAGGGAAAAUAUUACCUUAAUAUCUUUAUAUUGACGGAGUAAGGCCAUGUCAAAGAUUUGAUUUAAUGUAAAAUUAGAAUGAGACAGAUUAGGAUUUGUCUUCACAGAUACAAAGUCGCAUAUUCGGGUUAAGAUUCUUUUCAUUUCAAAUUAUGCUUACAUUUCUGUGCAUCUAGUACACUGUACAAAAUGUUUUGACAAAUCAACAUAUUUUAUGUUACUUUAAAUUAACAAAUUAAGUUAAACAUUUCAACUUCUGUCAACUUAUCACAGGUCAAAAGUUAAAACAGUACAGUGAAUUGACUUGCAAAACCAAGUUGUUUUAACUUCAUGCUGCAUUCUUUUUACAGUUUACCUAUACUACUAAUACUGUUAUUAACAAAUAAGUCUUAUCUCACUGUAAAAUCUCUAUUUACCAGCUUACAAAAUGUAACUGUUAAACAAACUGAGUGAAGUAGGAGUUUGUAUGUAUUAGAGCUGCACUGAAAAAUAAAAUACUUCAC